AUGGCGAAAUUUUCAAUUUUGGUGAAUGGUAGCCCAGUUGGUUUAUUCAACAUUUCCCGAAGCCUAAGACAAGGAAAUCCGUUAUCCCCACUCCUCUUCGUUAUUGUCAUGGAGGCAAUUAGCAGAAUGAUCUCAGCUUUGGUUAUUAAUGGCUUCAUGACUGGAUUCUUGGUUGGUUACCCCAAUAGGUGUACUCUUAACAUUUCUCACUUCUUGUUUGCAGAUAACACACUAACAUUUUGUGAGGCAAACCAAAACCAGAUUCGGGCAAUGAGGGAACUUCUACUAUGUUUUGAAGCAGCAUCAUGUUUGAAAGUGAAAUUUGACAAAUCAGAGUUGGUGCCAGUUGGCAAUGUUCGUAACAUCUAG